AUGUCCAAGGACCGCGCAAUUCGGGACCAACUCCGCAGGCAACGGCUGUAUUUUGUCAAAGACGGUCAGCUUUGGUAUCGCUCCGCGCUGUGGCCACUCCGCAUCGUCUCGCGGAAGGAAGGCCGCUACAUCUUGCAACAGGUCCAUGAUCGCGAGGGUCACUACGGCCGUGCCACGAUUCUCGCCAAGCUCCGCCUCCAGCAACGCCUCACUUGGCCGCGCCUCGUCAGUGACGUCGCAGAGUUCGUUAAGCGCUGCCAGACAUGCCAGCAGUUUGGGCCAACCGAGGGCACCACUCUCAGCCCGGUUGUUGUCAUCUCACCAAUGGAGACAUGGGCCGCUGACUUCGUGUCGAUGCCAUCAUCGCACGGUAUCAGCAAGCUCCUGGUGGUCAUCGACUACUUCUUGCGCUUUACAUGGGCGUUCCCAGUCCGCAGCGCCACCGGCCAAGAGGUCGUCAAGGCGCUCACGUUGCUUUGCAAGGCACUUGGCCACCUGCUGCAUACGCUCGUGACUGACGGAGGAUCCCAUUUUGAUUGCCAAGAGGUUGCAACUUAUCUCAAGAACGUCGGCACGCUACACCACAUCACGCCGUCGUACGCACCCUGGGUCAAUGGUAUGGUCGAGCGCGCCAACCGUUCCAUCCUCAACGAGCUCAAGAAGCUGUCCGCGCCAACAGAGGUCCCUAUCGGCGAGACCGCAUCCGCCCAAUGGCUGCCGCACCUCGAUGACGCACUCCGUGCCGUCAACAGACACCCGAUGAAGGAGCUGUCCGACCUGUCGCCCUUACAGCUACAUUACGGGCUGACGCGCUACCCACGCAAGGAUCUUGUCGCCGCGACCGUCGAGCCAACAGUCGAGCAACGCCAGCUGGCCCGCGCGUUUGUCGAUGCCGAUCGUGAGCGUGCCCAGAUCCGUCACCUCGGCAGCCAAGACCGCCAGCUAUGCACGUCAGCGCCGCGACGUGACCCCGAGGAGUUCAAAGAAGGCGAUCUCGUCCUCAAGUACAAGAGCAGACUCCGUUCCACCUACGCCACCGCAGCCAAGCUUGCACCGCGCUGGACGGGCCCAUAUGUCGUCGAGGCUAAGUUCCGCCGGUCGUACCGCAUCCGGCUCCUCGCCGAUGCGUCCCACAUCGAACGCGCUCAUCGUCGUCGUCUCAAGCGCUUCUGGCCAGCACUUCCCGAGGACGACGCAGAUCUCGACGCCCUCAACGCCAUCGUCGACGAGACCGAUGACAAGACUCCCGAGCUGUGA